GAAACGCCAACAAACUCCUGUAAAGAAAGCCGUUAAUCUCAACUCAAUCGAUAAAAUAUCUGCCUUUUUUCUCACUUCUCAUCGGCCUAAAAACUAUACUUUUCAAAAACAUUUUUAAAGAGAUUCAAGAGUACAAGGUAUGCGAGGAUUUCAAGAAGAAAAGCGGUCACAUCAUUUAGAAGAUAGAAACGUAUAACUUAGAGAAAUUUAAUUCAAUGUAAAAGAUCCCAGAUCAAAKAGCAUCUCAACACCAACAACGACAGAAAAAAGACUUUUGAAUACUUUGGACUUUGGAACACAAGCUUAGUGYAAUUAUUUGGUCAGUGAACAAGAUCAUUGAAAAUAUUUGUCUUGUAACAAAGUUGCUAAAGACUGAAUUCCAGUAAGUCUUAAACAAAACGUUUAAUGGUUAGUGGAAAGGAGAAAGUGUAUUUCAAGUCAUUCAAYCUUCCAUGACAAUUUCAAGGAAUUUAAAGUGAAUAGGCAACUGAGAAUCACUUCGACAAAAGAAAGAGGAAACCAAGAUAAAGAACGAGAUACAAAAAUAUUUCCACCAGAGGAACCAAUACCUUGUAAACACAAACUGAAGUACAAAACCUGUUAUCAAGACAAACUAAGAAAASACAUUAAAAUGGAUCUCUUUUCAAACGAAGACAGUAAAAGAGAUUCUUUCCUGCCAUCGUUAGAURUGACAGCAUUUAGAAAUGGUCAACUCAGACUCCCUUCAGGUCGUCGAAGUAGUAUGCGACUACCAAGUCUUGGCUCAAUUAUCGAAUCAGAACAAGAGAGUCCAUCCUUUGACAGUAACGAUUCCGCUUUUGAAGAAUCGUCUCAAUUUACUUCUGGAAGAAGCUCAACUCUGGGUGGAGCGGAUAGCAACAUCAGCUCCUUAACGAAGACCAUUGUAUUGGAAGAAGACGAAGAAAAAGAUAUCGAAAAAAAAGUUAAACAAGAAUUUAAACAGGAAUUCCGCAACAUCAAAGCACAAACAAAGGAAAAACAGAGAACUUUAAGAAAACAAUUCAAAUCGAAGAUCAAUGCAGCGCGAUCAAAGCUUCUUCUUGCACGUGCGAACGCCGAGAAGGAAACAAUCGAGAAAUUACGAGAAGAAGCCGAGAAAAGAGAAGCAGCCAUCAUCAAUCAACGUAAAAAAAGGCGCAAUUCGACGAUAUUCAAGAAUGUGUCUGAAUUGUACACACCAGAGGAAAUGGCAGCGCUAAGAAAGGUUCGRGGUGAGUUAGACCGAGCGCGAGCACGAAGGCGAAGCACCAUCGCUACGUCAUUGAUUAUCUCAAGACACAAAUCAAUGAAAACAGGACCUGGACUUCUACCCGACUAUGAAGUGCGACGAAUGGAAAAAGAAGACGAAAUACAGAAAAUAGUCGAAGAYCUAAAGACAUUAGGGUUAGAUGAUGCAGCGAAGACCUUAACAGCAUCUUUAGAGAAUAAAAUGAGCUCUGAGGAACAACUCGUGGAGAAUCUUAAACAAGAAAGACAACAGGCGAAAUUGAAAGCCUUAGUAAAGAAGAACAUGGCUGUCGAYAAACUAAGAAAAAUWAAAAUAGAGGAGAAAGAGAUGCUUGAACGGGAGAGGCUUAAACGAGAAGCAGAAGAACGAGAGAGGCUGGAAAUAGAGCGAAGAAUUCGCGUCAUGAAUGCUUUAAAAAGAAAAGCUUUUAAUAUUGAUUUGAGGAAUAGCUUACUCCAUGCCAAGCUGACAACUAAAGUCUCGAGAGCAUAUACAUACUCGUACUUUGACUCACAACAAUGAUGCAGUCUAUUACUCAAUGGACUGCCACAGCCUGAUAAACUAUACGUACUAACUUAGAAUAGAAUAGAAUAGAAUAGAAUAGAAUAGAAUAGAAUAGAAUAGAAUAGACUAGAAUAGUUUAUUUU